UUGCAGCUUCAAACACUGAUUCAGGAAACCGACCCCGGAGCAGAUUAUCGCAUCGACCGAGCGCUGAACGAGGCCUGCGAGUCGGUGAUCCAGACUGCCUGCAAGCACAUACGCUCCGGGGACCCCAUGAUUCUGUCUUGCCUGAUGGAGCACUUGUAUACCGAGAAGAUGGUUGAGGACUGUGAGCACAGGCUCCUGGAGCUCCAGUAUUUUAUAUCUCGUGAUUGGAAAUUGGAUACGGUCCUUUACCGCAAGUGCCAGGGAGAUGCCUCCCGCCUCUGCCAUACCCACGGCUGGAAUGAGACCAGCGAGCUGAUGCCCCCAGGGGCUGUUUUCUCCUGCUUGUACAGGCACGCCUACCGCACAGAGGAGCAAGGAAGGAGGCUAUCCCGGGAGUGCAGAGCCGAGGUCCAGAGGAUCCUCCACCAGCGUGCCAUGGAUGUGAAGCUGGACCCAACCCUCCAGGACAAGUGCAUGAUUGACCUGGGGAAGUGGUGCAGUGAAAAAACAGAGACGGGGCAGGAGCUGGAAUGCCUGCAGGACCAUCUUGAUGACUUGGUGUCUGAUUGCAGAGACAUAGUGGGAAACCUCACUGAGCUGGAGUCCGAGGACAUUCAGAUUGAAGCCUUGCUGAUGAGAGCAUGUGAGCCCAUUAUCCAGACGUUCUGUCAUGAGGUUGCCGAUAACCAGAUUGAUUCUGGGGACCUGAUGGAGUGUCUGAUACAGAACAAACACCAGAAGGAAAUGAAUGAAAAAUGUGCGAUUGGAGUUACUCAUUUCCAGCUGGUUCAGAUGAAAGAUUUUAGGUUCUCAUACAAGUUUAAAAUGGCUUGCAAGGAGGAUGUGCUGAAACUUUGCCCCAACAUCAAAAAAAAGGUGGAUGUAGUGAUCUGUCUGAGCACAACUGUGCGCAACGAUACUUUGCAGGAUGCCAAGGAGCACAGGGUCUCUCUGAAGUGCCGCAAACAGCUGCGUGUUGAGGAGCUAGAGAUGACUGAGGAUAUCAGACUUGAACCAGAACUGUAUGAGGCUUGUAAAAGUGACAUCAAGAAUUACUGCCAAAACGUGCCCUAUGGCAAUGCUCAGAUUAUUGAGUGCCUGAAAGAAAUCAAGAAGCAGUUGAGUACCCGGUGCCACCAGAAGGUGUUUAAACUGCAGGAGACGGAGAUGAUGGAUCCAGAACUGGACUACACGCUCAUGAGAGUCUGCAAACAAAUGAUCAAGCGGUUUUGUCCAGAGGCAGACUCAAAAAAUAUGUUGCAGUGUUUGAAACAAAACAAGAACAGUGAAGUGAUGGAUCCGAAAUGCAAGCAAAUGAUUACCAAGCGUCAGAUUACACAGAACACAGAUUACCGCUUAAACCCAGUGCUCAGGAAAGCGUGCAAAGCAGACAUACCGAAAUUCUGCCAAAAUAUCCUGAAUAGGGCCAAGGAUGAUACCGAGUUGGAAGGGCAAGUCAUCUCGUGCCUGAAGUUGAAGUACGCAGACCAGCGUCUCUCUCCAGACUGCGAGGACCAAAUUCGCGUGAUAAUCCAGGAAUCGGCUCUUGAUUAUCGGCUGGAUCCUCAGCUUCAGAUGCACUGCUCUGAAGAGAUCUCCAGUUUAUGUGCAGAAGAAGCAGCAGCUCAGGAGCAGACUGGGCAGGUAGAAGAAUGCCUGAAAGUGAAUCUGCUGAAAAUAAAAACUGAAAUGUGCAAGAAGGAAGUGCUCAACAUGCUGAAGGAAAGCAAAGCCGAUAUAUUUGUUGACCCGGUGCUCCACACAGCCUGUGCCCUCGACAUCAAACACCACUGUGCUGCCAUUCCACCGGGGAGAGGACGCCAAAUGUCGUGCUUAAUGGAAGCUCUGGAAGACAAGCGUGUGAGGUUGCAGCCCGAAUGCAAGAAACGCCUUAAUGAUCGUAUAGAAAUGUGGAGCUAUGCUGCAAAGGUUGCCCCAGCAGAAGGCUUUUCUGACCUUGCCAUGCAAGUGAUGACCUCUCCGUCCAAGAAUUACAUAUUAUCUGUGAUCACGGUCGGCAUCUGUGUACUCUUCCUCAUCGGCCUGAUGUGUGGACGCAUCACCAAGCGGGUGACAAGAGAGCUCAAGGACAGGUAGAGCCUGGAUUGCCUGCUGAAGAAAUGCCUGCCCAGUGCCCAGUUUUGUACAGCCCUCCUCUGUAUAGUCUACCCACCCCCUCUUGUGAGAGGAGAAU